AUGGGCCGUAGCGGGGAUUUCAAUGCUACUCUUACGCAUGAUGAUCGUAAAUUAUUGGCAGGACAGCGCAUCAAUCCGGAAGCCGCUUUUCGGCGUUGGGUUAAUGAAAGCGAGAUGAUUGAUAUAGGCUUUAGUGGGCCUAAAUAUACAUGGUGUAGAGGUUCUAGCAGCAGCUGCAUUGAUCGCGUCUUGGUUAAUAGCAGAUGGCAGCAAGCAUUUCCCAACGCCUCCAUCAUGCACUUGCCGAUGUUCAAAUCUGACCAUUGUCCACUCUUAAUAUCGUUAGAUGGUAUGAACAAGCCGAGGAAGGGAAAUCAGCCUUUUCGCUUCUUUGCACCAUGGGUCAUGCACGAUCAAUUCAAGUCCUUUGUUAAAGACAAUUGGCAGACACAAGGGGAUUGGAACGUUAAUAUCGAAGAUUUCAAGACUCACCUUCUCCAAUGGAAUAGACAAGUCUUCGGCAAUAUUAAUAGAAGAAAGGAACACUUAUAUCAUAGGCUGGAAAAGUUGAACACCAAGAUUGACAUGAGUGGGAGCUCUGAACAGCUUGACCAAGCCAAGAAAGAAUUAUGGGCACAGAUCGAAGAGGUUUUGUCUCAAGAGGAGGUUAUGUGGUUACAAAAGUCACGUUGUAACUGGUACCAUCAGGGGGAUCAUAAUACCAAAUACUUUCAUAGUUUGGCAAGUAGUAGGCAACGACAUAACAAGAUUGAAGCUCUCAAACUGGAAUCAGGAGAGUGGUCAUAUGAACCACAAGAGAUCAAGGAGUGGGGUACUAAGUUUUUCGAAACACUAUAUACGGAAGAAGAUGCAAGCAACCCUGAGAUUAAUUUCAACAUUGACUUUCCUUAG